UUUGCCCAGGCCGAGGCACAGUUCGCCCUGCGUGGUAUCACCGAGGACGACACUAAGUUUUAUUAUGUCGUGUCCUCCCUUGGGAGCGCGACGGCGGACAGAGUGGUUGGCAUCCUCACGCACCCACCGGAGAGGAACAAGUACCUCACGUUGAAGGCUCACCUCUUACAGACAUUUCAACUUUCUGACGCGGAGCGAGCUAGCCGCCUUUUUUCGUUGCAGGGGCUUGGCGAUUACAAGCCCUCUGAACUAAUGGACAAAAUGCUGGGUCUCUUAGGUGAGCACAGACCAGGAUUCCUCUUCGUGCAGUUUUUCCUGAGGCUCCUGCCUUCUCAGGUGCGGGCUUCUUUAGCCAACACCGCCAUUUUGGACUGCCGCGAACUAGCUGCUGAAGCUGAUAAGUUCUUUUUAGCUUCCCAACCUAGCUUUGUGGCUGCUUUCCUUCCGGCUGAGACAGAAAGACCCAUGGCAGAUUCUCCCACUCUCGCUGCUGCUGCUGCGCCCCCCAGGCGGCAACCGGAUUCUGGACUAUGUUUUUUCCACGCAAAGUUUGGGACCAAAGCUAGGCGGUGCCGUCCCCCGUGCAGUUUUCGUGGACCGCCGCCGGGAAACGCCGGGGCCGGCGUUCAGCAGUGGCCAUGAGCGUCGGCAGUGCGGGCAGGCUGCUCUUCAUCCAGGACUCCCUCUCUGGGCGACGGUUCCUGUGUGACACCGGCGCGCAGAGGAGCGUCCUACCAGCAUCAAGGUUGGACAUGCUGUCUGAGUCGCAUGGCCCCCCCAUGGAAGCGGCCAAUGGCAGCCCUAUCCGCACUUACGGAAUACGGUAUGUGGAACUGUGUUUUGGUGGACAGCGUUUCAGUUGGGACUUUGUGACUGCUAAAGUGACGGUGCCGCUCAUCGGUGCAGAUUUUCUCUGUGCUUUCGGCCUCCUUGUGGAUGUUAAAAACAGGCGUUUGGUGGAUGCGAUUACGUUCUGCUCGUACAAGUGCAGUCUCAGCGCGACAGACUCCAUCAGGCUUUCCAGCAUGCUACCCAUCGCAGACGUUUUUCUGCGCCUCCUCGCCGAGUUCCCCACCCUGGCGCAGCCCACGUUCUCAUCAUCUACCGCCAAGCAUGGUGUGGAACACCACAUUGCCACCGCGGGCCCCCCUGUGCAUGCACGAGCCCGGCGCUUGGACCCUGCUAAGCUCUCCAUCGCUAGAGCGGAAUUCGAGACCAUGGAACGCCUCGGGAUCAUUCGCCGCUCAGGCAGCCCGUGGUCGUCGCCCCUCCACAUGGUGGAGAAGCCCGGGGGUGGUUGGCGGCCAUGCGGUGAUUACCGCAGACUCAACGAGGCGACUACCCCGGACCGUUAUCCGGUCCCCCACAUACAAGAUUUUUCCGCCAACCUCGCUGGAAAAUCUGUGUUUUCUAAGGUAGAUCUCGUCCGGGGCUAUCAUCAGGUGCCGGUCCACCCCUCUGAUGUCCCGAAGACAGCGGUCAUCACCCCAUUUGGACUGUUUGAAUUUUUACGUAUGCCUUUUGGCCUUAAGAGUGCCGCACAGACUUUCCAGCGGUUAAUGGACUCUGUUUUACGUGACUUGCCGUUUCUAUUUGUCUAUUUGGAUGAUAUCCUGGUCGCAAGCACCUCUCAGGCCGAGCAUGUGACCCACCUCAGGUCCCUUUUUCAGCGCCUUAGCCAACACGGGCUCAUUGUUAACCCAGCUAAGUGCCAGUUCGGGUUGUCUGUAAUCGACUUCCUCGGACAUCGUGUCACUGAGUGCGGGGCAGUUCCCCUCCCAGCGAAGGUUGCUGCCAUCGCAAACUUCCCCCGCCCACUCACGGUUAAGGCUCUUCAGGAGUUCCUUGGCAUGGUAAAUUUUUACCAUCGUUUCAUUCCCAGAGCAGCUGACCUCAUGCGGCCGCUGUAUGAUGCUCUUAAAGGAGCUGCUCCCAAGCACAUGGUGGACUGGUCUGACGCACGGCACACUGCUUUUUUGGGGGUCAAGUCUGCUCUCGCUAACGCUACCCUGCUGGCACACCCAUUACCUGAUGCUCCUAUUGCAAUCACCACGGACGCGUCAGACUAUGCUGUAGGUGCAGUGCAUGAGCAGUGGGCGGGUGGCACUUGGCAGCCUUUGGCUUUCUUUAGCAGGCAGUUGCGUCCCUGCGAGCGGAAAUAUAGCACAUUUGACCGUGAGCUCCUUGGCCUCUAUCUGGCCAUACGCCAUUUCCGUUCGUUGCUUGAAGGCCGGCCUUUCACGGCUUUUGUGGACCACAAACCCCUCACUUUCGCGAUGGCCAAGACGGCUGAACCGUGGUCAGCUCGGCAACAGAGGCACCUCUCCUACGUCUCAGAGUUCACGACGGACAUCCAGCACCUUGCUGGUAAGAGCAAUGUCGUGGCUGAUUGCCUUUCCCGAGCCGUCGCGAGCGCUGUCCAUGUGGGACUCGAUUUUGCACAAAUGGCAGUUGACCAGGCCGACGACCCAGACAUCCAAGCUCUGAAGGCUGCAGCCACAGGGCUUCGGUUGUCUGAGGUCCCAUUUGAGGACACCGGGGUUACACUCCUUUGUGACGUCGCUACCGGUCGGCCACGGCCCCUCGUGCCCGCCAUUUGGAGGCGGCGCGUGUUCGACUCCAUCCACGGCCUUUCCCACCCUGGGAGGAAACCUUCCCAGCGGCUGGUUGCUGCAAAAUUUGUCUGGCGUGGACUGAAAAAAGACGUUAGAGACUGGGCUUCCACAUGUGUGGCAUGCCAGCGCUCAAAAGUGCACUGCCACACGCGGGCCCCACUGGCACCGUUUACGGUUCCGGAGCGCCGUUUUGACCAUGUCAAUGUGGACCUGGUCGGACCUCUCCCAUCCUCACGCGGCUGCACAUACCUCCUCACGAUGGUCGACAGGACCACCCGCUGGCCGGAGGCAGUGCCUCUGACGUCCGCCACCUCCGCGGAGGUGGCGCGCGCGUUCAUUGGUACGUGGGUUGCCCGUUUCGGUACCCCAUCGGACCUAUCAUCCGACCGGGGCUCUCAGUUCACUUCUGAGCUCUGGGCCGCUGUGGCCGAGAGCUUGGGUGUGAAACUCCACCACACGACGGCGUAUCACCCGCAGGCCAAUGGUAUGUGUGAGCGAUUUCACAGGUCCAUGAAGGCAGCACUUAGGGCGUCCCUGAAGGACAGCGCUUGGGUAGACAAGCUCCCUUGGGUGAUGCUGGGGCUUCGGACUGCCCCCAAGGAAGACUUGCAAUCUUCCUCGGCAGAGUUGGUGUAUGGCCAGCCCCUGCGAGUGCCAGGCGACUUUAUUCCUAGCACGACGACACCUUGGUCCGCCGGUAAGCAGCGAGCUGCUCUCCUCGAUGCCGCCAAGAGUUUUGCCCCCAUCCCCACUUCUCAACACGGCCUUACGCCGCCUCAUGUUCCCGCUUCCUUAAAGGGAGCAGCGUUUGUUUUUGUCCGACACGACGCCCACCGCGGCCCCCUUCAGCCUCCUUACGAUGGGCCAUUUCGCGUCCUAGAGAGCGGUGACAAGCAUUUUCUGUUGGACGUCGGGGGUCGGUCUGAAAAGAUCACGGUGGACCGGCUGAAAGCGGCCCACUUGGAUCUUAGUCAGCCGGUUACCACGGCCAUACCCCCGCGCCGGGGUCGUCCGCCCGCUCUACCUAGGCCCCAUGAUAAUGUUAUGCAUCCUUCUACGCAGGCCCCCGGGACCUUGGACAGUGCAGGUGCCCUUCCGGUCCCCCCUGCUGACUCCCCGGCGUUGGUACCGGUCCGGCACACCCGGUCUGGUCGGCCCGUCCGUGCCCCUGUCCAUUGACGGUUUGUUUUCUUUGUGGUGGCGAAUUCUGGGGGGACGUGUGUAGCGGUUGAUUUAAGGACAUAAUUCACCACACCUGUUAUUUGAGUUUGUCAUCAUUCACUGUACUGUUCUAUUGUGCAUAUGACAAUGUUGUUCUUUGUGUGCAGUUAAGAGCGAGUAAUUCGGCGCGGCCCCUUUAAGUGGCCGUCAGUAGAUUCUCGCAAAGGUGGGGGUUUGUUGUUCCCGCGAGA